UUUAGGGCACCUCCUCCUCCUCCUCCCCCCCUCCUACCGGUGAUGGAGGAAGAGGAGGCCGCGGAGGGGAAGAUGAAGCAGUUCCACGGUGCUGUGGCGGUGGGGGUCGGCGGUUCCCUUGGGGCGGCGCUGGAUCCGGAACGCAGCCGCUUCCCUUACUGCGUCGUGUGGACGCCCAUCCCCGUUCUCACAUGGCUCUUCCCAAUCAUUGGCCACAUGGGCAUUUGCACUUCUGCAGGCGUCAUCCGAGAUUUUGCAGGGCCUUACUAUGUCUCUGAAGACAACAUGGCUUUUGGAAAGCCUGUGAAAUACUGGAAGCUGGAUCCCAACAAAGUCUAUUCCUGUGGCCCCAGUGCUUGGGAUACAGCUGUAAAUGAUGCCUCUGAGGAAUAUAAGCACCGAAUGCAUAACCUCUGUUGUGACAAUUGCCAUUCUCAUGUAGCUCUAGCCUUAAAUCUCAUGCGAUACGACAACAGUACUUCCUGGAAUAUGAUCAAACUUUGUUUUUGCUCCUUGCUGUAUGGAAAGUAUGUAAGCAUAGGAGGCUUUGUGAAGACUUGGCUUCCCUUCUUCCUCUUUUUGGGGAUUAUCCUGAUCGUCAUCUUGACUGUUCACUUGCGGUGAUGGAUGGCAUUGGUGUGUCUGCCCACCCACCCACUCUCCCUCCCCUUGUCCCCUUUGAAGUCAAGCAAUGGAAACCCUGGUUUUUUCAACCCAGGAAGGCACGGAGAGCUGCAUGGCGUGGAAGCCCUAAAGGGAAAAAAAAAGGAAACAGAACUCCAUUUGUAUUUUGUAAUAACAACUCGGCUGUUAUCCCCUGGGAUUCUUUGCUUCGAUGAGGAUGGUUUCUUUCAACCUACUUGCCUCGGAACGUUUUGGGGUUGGGGAAGGUGGGAGACUCUUGCAUUGCAACUUCUCCCCAAAACUCCUUUAUGACCAAAGGUUCCCACGUGGAAAUCCCAAAUAGGGUUUGGGUCAAUAAGACAAUGAAUGGAGGGUUUCAUUAACCUUGGGUGAGGUGUCUUAAGGAGGGGGUAACUUUCUCUGAUCUCCCCCCCCCCGGGGGGAUGAUUAAUGGGCACUAAAUGAAAGGUGGCUAUCUGUGGCCACCACCCUGGGAUGGGGUAAUAUUUGUUUGCACUGAAUGACAGGAUUUCCAGUGAUUAUGGUGGCCUCAAAAUGGCAGAAUGCAGGGCUUUGCGUGAGAGGAGGUUAAUUUUAAGUUUCUUCUGCUGCAGACAGGAGUUUAACUAAGGUCGAAUGUUGUUUUCCUCUUACCCACCACACAGAAAGUCUGUCUCUUUGUUUGUAUGUGUCUUAAAAGUCUAGUCUCACAGGAACCAGCCUUCGAAAGGCAGUUGAUCCCAAUGGGUCUUCGUUACUUUCUUGUCAGCUUAUAAACUGCCCCUUGUCACAGACCCACUAAAGAAUGUAAGCUGCUGUCUUUGAGGAGCUGGGCUCGAGAAUUCUGGUAAGACUUCCUCGUUCCUUUGAUAGACUUAUAGAAUGGGUUCUUCAUCUAUUAUACUGUGCCUUAGAAGUCACUAGAAACGUAACCCGCAGCCAUUAAAGCGAUUCAUCUUUUAUAGCGAGGGUUGGAUGCUAGAAGCCAUACGUGCGUCAUGUCUGCUGUUAGGAAACAUGAAUCAUUCCUUUAGGGCUCAGCUUUUUCCCUGCUGUGGCCAGGUAUCGGAAGAGCAAAUAGCUGCUCAGAUGAAUUUUUAAUUUAAUUCAGGCUUAUGGCCUUCCUUGCCUGUUGUGUGGGAAAAAAGCGGGGGAGCACACCCUCUUCUUUUUUAACCGAAGGUGACCUAAAAAAGCAAAAAACAAAACCCCAACCCGCCGCGCUCUCCUUUCAUUUCCACCCUUCCUUAUUCCCUUGCUAGCCUUCCUCCUUUUGUUCCUGCAGGCAGUGCCAAAGAUGCGUGCUGUGUACAAGAGAGGCACCUGUGGCUUAGCAGGUCUUGGGGGUCUUCAUUGCAUUCAGCCAUUUCAAGCGUGAAUGAUGGCAACUGGAGAAAAACUGAUCCAUAAGCUGUAGGCUGAUUAGAGAUCAAAGGUCUUACAUCAAAGUGAGACCUUGUGGUGUUCCAUCAAGCUAUUCCUGGGCUAUUUCGCUUACGUCCCAGUAGGGAUUCUAGUUCUUAUGGAAAUAAUAGACUGAAUUAAUAACGCACACAUUAGUCAACUUUUUUUUUCCUUUUUAUUUUUUUCUCCCCCCCCUCUCACCGUGACUUGCCAAAAAAGAAAAAAAGCUCCAGGAAACCUAAGCUUUUCCCAGACCUGGAACUUAAAAAGCCAAUUGUCCUUCUAUCAUAGCACUGAUCUAAGCUCAUCUUUUCAAUCAAAACAGAAAAUGCUUUUCUGACAUCAUAUGACUGUACAAGCAUUAGCAAAAUGUGAAGCUUGCUGGAGGAGCCAAAAAAAAAAAAUCACAGAGGGUAACUGUGAUUAUUUUUUCUCUUGUUCUCAACAUCUCUUCCUUCCCCUCCCUUUCCAAUAAUUUGGUCCUUACAGGAUUUUUUUUUAAAAAGCCUAUAUUUGUGAACCUACCGAUGAAUGAUCAGUAGGGAGGCUCAGAGGAAAGGGUGAAGUGAGGCGGGGGAGACUUAAAGCUAUGGAAGAGCUAAAGCUGCAGAUUCUGCUUGCCUUGCUAUUUUGCUCACUUGACAAGCAGAGAUUUCCUGGCCAGUAGAACUAUGAUUGGAAGUAGUUUCUCUGUUACAGAUUGCUAAUACUUCUAACAACUGAGCCACACCCUUUAUGGUAAAGCAGGUUAGAGGUGCCUUUACCCUACAUUAUAUUUGCAAAUCUGCUUUAUUGGGGUUCCAGAGAUUGGGGGGAAGCCAAAAAUAAGUUUGCAGGACCUUGGAACAAAUGUGGCAUAAGCAAGGCAGGUAGGUAGUGGAGUGCACACGUUGUAGUAGUCCGUUGCAGUUUCUAGCCUUUGCACAAACAUAUCUCGAAUAUUUUAGCCAAACCUACGUUGUUUCCAUCUUGUUUAACAGCCGCAUGAAAAGAUUCAUCUUUCAGAAUCUACAUUAAUGACUUCAGUUCUUACUGUGUUUUAAAAUCUUCUAUGGGAAGCACUUCUGGGUCGAAGUCAUAAAGCUGAUGAAGCUGCUUGGAUGAGCAGCAAAACGUCUCAAAAAAAAUUUAACAAACAAAAAAAAACUAACAAAAAAAAUUAGUCCAGUUUCCAUACACCUUUGCUUGGAUGGCCGAGAAUCUUCAUUAACACACUUCUGGGUAGGAAUUUUGAUGGUUUAAAUCUUGAUUGGAGCCUGUCUGGCCAUGUUUGCAGACAGUCCCCUGACUAGCUUUCAUUGUGGGGACAAAAAGAAAAAAAUACUACUACUUGGUUGAGUAGGUGUAGUGAGAAACCCUGUAUGUCAGGAUGGGCAACUUAUUUUCCCAAGGGGCCAUGUGAGAAAUUGGGACUGUUGUGGAACAUGGAACCAGUAGGACCAAGACAUUACUGCGAAAGUGCGUAGGCAUGCAGGCACAUACAUAAAUUGGAAAAAAAGUCACCUUCAAAAUAAAAGUGAUGCAGUUGUAUUGUAAGCUUGGCCUACGCUUAUUUACAUUUGAUUUCUAAUUUCCAGCAAUCACAAGUGAACUGGGCAGGGACAGCCAAAGAGUUGGAUGUGCCCCGGGGUGUGGGUGGGGGCGUAAAAUGCCCAGAUCUCUAUAUAGUGACAUCAUCUGUGAAUUCUGUAUUCUGCAUUCACAUCUGCCUUGAAGUGUCUUAGUUGUAGGAAUUUGGUUAAGUCCAAAGUACUUUCCAAAGUUUUCAUUCUUUACUUUUUUCCUUUACAUCGUUUCAUUGUUGUUACUGCCUUCCAUUUUGCCUUUUGUAUAGAUUUCUCUGUAAAACUCCCAUCCAUUUGCCCGUUCUUUUGCUGGUGUCUACCUAGAUGGUCUUCUGGUCCAGUUGCUUGAUUCCUUUGUAAAUACCAAAGUCUGCUGCUGUAAUUUCAUAAUCUCAAUUAUGGUGAAAAAUAAAUGCAUUUCUGUAUUCCA